AUGACCCCUGCAGGUGGUAAGAGUCGCCCAUCCCUGGUCCCCAAGAUCCCUUCGUCCCCCACAGUCUCCUUUGGGGACCUGCUGGAGGAAGUGGGCAGCAUGGGGCCCUUCCAGCUCUUCUCCGUGCUCCUGCUUUCCCUGCCGGUCCUGCUCCUGGCCAGCCACAACCUGGUGCAGAACUUCAGUGCCGCCUCUCCCGAGCACGAGUGCCGUCUCUCGCCUUCCGCCAACGCUUCAGGCAGGCACCCCCUGCCCGUCGACCAGAGCCAGCUGCCAGACAGGUGCCGGCGCUUCGUCCGCGAGGCGGCCCUCGACCCCAACGGCUCCCUGGACAAGGGCCAAGGGGCAGAGACGGAGCCGUGUCACGACGGGUGGCUGUACGACAACAGCACCUUUGCCUCCACCAUAGUAACAGAGUGGGAUCUGGUAUGUAACCUGCAACCCCUCAAGAACCUGGCACAGUCUCUUUUCAUGGCAGGCGUACUGGUCGGCGCCUUCAUCUUUGGAGACCUCUCGGACAGGUUUGGACGGCGGCUGAUCCUCAUCUGGUCCCUGCUGCUGAUCGCUGUCAUGGGAAGUGGAGCUGCCUUAUCUGCCAAUUUUGCCGCCUACUGUGCCUGUCGCUUCCUGAGCGGUGUGGGCAUCUCUGGGUUCCUGCUCAACUACAUCUGCCUCAGUCUGGAGUGGGUGCCCACCCGAUACCGGGCCAUAGUGAUCGCCACACAGAGUUACUGCAGCACGGCAGGACAGGUGCUGCUGGCCGGCCUGGCCUACGGCAUUCGUGACUGGCGCUGGCUGCAGCUAGCCAUCUCCGCUCCCUUCUUCUGCUUCUUUGCCUACUCUUGGUGGCUCCCAGAAUCAGCACGGUGGCUCCUCGCCAACAAUAAGCACGAGGCUGCCUUGCGUAACCUGAAACACGUCGCCAGGAUCAAUGGGAAGGCGGCUGGUGGAAAGACGGUGUUCCUGGAGAUGCUGGAGACUCAGGUGGGAAGCAGCACCCCGGGGAGAGGUACCCACUCCUGCUUGGACCUCUUUCGAACGCCUGGCCUGAGACGUAUCAGUUGCUGCCUCAUGUUCAUCAGCUUCUCCAUGAACAUGACAUUCUUUGGCCUCUCUAUGGAUCUCUCAUCGUUUGGCUUGAACAUCUUCCUGAUGCAGCUGUUCUUUGGGGCAAUAGACCUCCUGGCCAAGAUGGGGUGUGCCCUAAUGCUGACUUUCUUUGGCCGUCGCACCAUUCAAGCUGCCUCCCUUGUCCUAGCUGGGACUUUCCUGUUGGUCACACUCCCUGUGCCUGCUGAGAUGCCCUUCGUGCGGAUGGCCUUGGUGGUGCUGGGGAAGGGGUGCCUGGCAGCCUCCUCUAUGUGCUUGUACCUCUAUGGGGGGGAACUCUUCCCAACAGUCAUCAGGCAAACGGGCACCAGCUUCAUUACGGCGAUGGCGCGUCUGGGAGGCAUUGUGGCCCCGGUGGUGCUGAUGGCUGGUGGUUACCAGCCUUUCCUGCCUCUGGUGAUCUUUGGCAUUGCUCCCAUCAUCUCUGGCAUUUCUGCUGGCUUCCUUCCAGAAAUGUUCCAGGUCCCCCUAAUGGACACCAUCGAACAAGUUGAGGAAAGGUAG